GAAAUUCCUUUUCUUCUAAUGAAUUCAUUUUGCACUGAUAUACAAACAAAAAAAUAUUUGGAAGAUAGGGAAAAACCUACAAAUUAUGUUGAGUGUUUCAGUCAGAGUAAAUGCCCACGUAUUUAUGCGGAUACCUUGGAGCCUGUCCCAACAAAAUGGGAUGAUUGUCCAAAUGAUGGAUGGUAUCCCCCUGGCCAUGCAAACAUUUUUCCAAUCAUGGCUCAUUGUGGAUUACUCGAUCGUCUAUUGGCAGAAGGUCGUGAUAUCGCCUUUUUUGCUAAUAUAGAUAAUACUGGAGCUGUUUUUGAUGAAAGAAUCGCUAAGGUAUUGGCUGAUGGAAUUACGGAUUAUAUUUUGGAGGUUACACCGAGAACGCCUGCUGACGUUAAGGGAGGCACCUUAGUGGAAAUUGAUGAUGGCUAUAGACUCACACAACUUGAAUGCCCACACGUCCCUGAUGGUAUAAGAAAAUUAAAAAAUAAUUUUUUAAAAUUAUAUAAUUAA